CUGAGCUGACCCCUCACCCUGAGCAGGGUGACCUUCUCAAGAUGGCGUCUUUCCUGUUCCAUUGGCGACGUCAGCAAAGGCUUUCAGGCCUCAACGGCUUGGUCUCGGAUUGAAGGCGACAGUCAGCCCGGAGAGGAGGCAGGUCUGGGUGAGAAAUCGCUUUAAGGCCGACACGAAGACGUUUUACUUGGGAGAGAGGGUAACGGAUUGGAGUGCGGUGUUAGGUUGGAGGGUACUGGUUGACUCUGGGUCCGCUGCUCUCGGUGAGUGAGGCUCUGGUUCCAUUGAGGCCCCGUCAGGCGCGGUGAAAGAUCUCAGGAGUAUUCCCGUUAAAUGCAGCUGAUUCCUCCGCCCCAGCCCUGGACAAUAUUCUUAUUUAUCUUUCAGACAGCACCAUUUCCUUGGGCCUUAUUAAGCCUCUAAUCUGAACUUUAUGAAUUAUUGUUAUGGGGACUUUGUUAAACAGAAAUUGUUCCCUACAGCAAUAAAUAGACCUCGAAAAGUACUUCAUUAUCUCCAGAGCACUUCGAGAAAUUCUGAGUUCAUGAAAGGCCUCGGAAAUAAGUGACUUAUCUUUUGAAGAUAGUCAGAAUUUGUGUUUCGUUAUACAGCGCAUUUCGUAACAUUCCAAAGCGCUUUACAAAAAUUAAAGUGCAUGAUAACAACGUGGAAAGCACCAGCAAAAUUGCAUACAAUGUGCUCCUUGCUUUGAGAUCUUCUCUGAACAGAAAUGGAGAAGUUUGGUGUGAACUUUGGUGGCCCCAGUAAGAAAGAACUUUUGGAUACAAUUGAGACACAGAAGAAGCAACUGUUCCAAUACCAGACACGUCUCCGAGAUGUUGUCCGUGCUUACAAAAGCCUCCUCAAAGAAAAGGAGGCAUUAGAGGCCAGUUUGAAAGUCCUUUCUGUGUCACAAGAGGUCGAUAAAAGUUUACAGAACUUAGGUCCUGGAAGUACAACCUCUGAACCCGGAGAUGACCAAAGUUCAGUUCAUAGUGAGGACAGUUUGGGGACAAUGAAUAGUAUGGAUGCAGCAGUGAGCACCAAAGGAGAAUUGAAUGAGGAGGAUAAAGGGUCAGUUGAACAUGUGGCUGGAGGAAACUCUUCCCCAAAAUCUGAAGAAGCUAAUGGUUCAGAAAGCGGCAUCAGUGUUGGGAGCGGUGAGCAGCAAAGCAUCAGUGACACAGAUAAAAUUGUGCAGUUGAAGAGUCAGUUGGCAACACUGACCAAUUCUUUGGCAACAGUCACACAGGAGAAAUCACGCAUGGAGGCAUCCUAUUUAACAGACAAAAAGAAAAUGAGGCAGGAGCUAGAAGUCUUGACCCAAAAGUUUGAAGAAGAAAGUGCCAUCUACGAAGCAGAGGUUAAUAAAGUCCAGGAACAACUCGCAGAGGCCAAAGCUCGCAUCAUUACCCAGCAGCAUGAACGAAGUCGGGAACAGAGUGAUCAUGCCUCAAUGCUCCAUGAACUUCAAAAGUUGUUGCAGGAAGAGAGAGCUUUACGUCAAGAUGUAGAACUAAAAUUAGAAGAUACAAGGGAGAUGUUGACAUCAAAAAGUCAUGCAGCAGACAGGGUGGAUGACUGUGAGUCUCAAAUGAAGCAUCUGAGUCGGGAAGUAGAUGAGGUGAAGUGUGCAUUACGGCUUGCUGAAGAAGAGAGGACAAGACCAGACCCACGUAUAAAGGAAUUGGAGGAAGAAAUAAAUGAGACAAAGGCUCGUUAUCAAGCACAGCUUCAACUGGAAAUGAGAAAGGCUGCUCAGGCACAGGAACAGCUGCAUCACUUGUCUCAAGUGGAGGAAGAACGUGUUGCAAAUUUGGAAGGCAGAGUUUCUGAGCUUUCAGAUCUCCUUGGCACUUAUGACAAGAGUAAACAGAAAGACAAAAUGACAAUUUACAAAUUGAAGGAACGUAUAAUUCAGUUGGAUAUGGAAAACAAGACGUUGGCUAUUGCUGCUUCCAACAGAGCCCCUUCAGAUCUAACAAUAGAUGAAUCAAAUCUUGAUGUUAAUAUUUUAAGAGACAAAAUGGAAAAGCUGAAGCGACUAUUGGUAUUGGCAAUCCAGAAAUCGCAGGAACCCUUAGACGUAGAGAAACUUUGUGAAGUUGAUGUGGCAGAUACACCUGAAACAUCAGAUGGUGAGAAGGCCUCCGUUUUCUAUUAUCAACAAGAGUUGAAGCAGCUGAAGGAAGAGUUUGAACGCUACAAGAUGAGGGCUCAAGUUGUUCUCAAAAACAAGAACGCCAAAGAUGGCAAUACAACCAAAGAGCUGGAGAGUUUGCGCGAACAGCUGGCAGAGCUGAAGGAGAAGUAUAUUACCCAGCGACUAGCGUUUGAUGAAAUGGAAACCAAACACAAAGCUGAGAUUGAAACAAAGAAUCUAGACAUUAGCCAACUCCAAGCAACUCACAAGAAGGAAAUAGAAAAGCUCGAGAGCCAGUGUCAUGAGAGAGUUAUUAAACUGGAAGAAGAAAUGCAUAAACAUAGAGACAGAGCUCUUGCAGUCUUAGCUGAGAAAGAUAGAGACACCGAAACUCUGCGUUCAGGCUUUAGUGGGCUACCUAAUCAUAGAAAUGAUCUUGAGAACAGGUUUUGGUCUGAUGGGGAAGGUUCUCAGAACACAGAUCACUCUCAAGAUUUCUGUCAAGAUAUUCUAAAACAGACAGCCAAUUUUUCAGGAUCCAAUGAACCCACUUUUCUUCACUAUGCAGAACAGCUAGCUCGAAAGGAGCUUGAGGUCACAACACUGAGAAAACAGAAACACCAAAUGGAAGCUGUGAUUCAUGAACUGGAGGAUAGACUUCUGAUGGAGAAGGAACGACACAAAGAAGUAGUAGAAGUUCUUCAAGAUGAGAUACAAAAACAUCUCAGAGACAAGAAACGUGAAGGAGCGAACCUAGAGUAUGUAAAAAAUGUAACAUACCGGUUUCUAACCAUGCCAGAUGCCCUUGGGCGCCAGCAGACAUUAACUGCUAUUCUCACAGUGUUGCACUUUAGUCCUCAGGAGAAGCAAAAUGUAAUGAAACAGCAGGCAAGCAGCUGGUGGGGCUCUGGCAAAAGAUGACUUACACACCACUUAUUCUGGACCGUGAUAGUUGUUAUUUGGUUAUUUAAUAGAAAAUGCACUUUUUCAGGUAUUUCUUACUAAUAGAGUUUUAUAGCAGGGCAUUUAUUUCUGUAAACACUAGCUGUACUAUAGUUUAGUGUCACUGCCAUUGCCAAAAAAUAAAAUCCUCCUAAUGCACAUCUAACAGCCUAAUCUGGCAACAGUACUCUAGUUCAUAAUGUGACAUUGGAAUAGUAUGUCAACCAGUUAUCUCUAUAUUCCAAUUUUGAGAGGAUUAAGGAUAUAAAACAACUCUUGAAAGAAACUAAUUUGCUUUAAUAAAGUUUCUGUAAGACCUUUAAAUUCUACUGCCAAGAAGCUUUGCUUUGUAAAAUAGCAUUCUUGUUUACAAAAUAAUCUUGUGUUUAUAAUGGGGACCAUACAGGAAGCUAAAGAAAGGGCUUGCUAAUACUUAUUUUUCCCUAUUUCAUUCACUCCUGAUUCUUUUGAUGUGAAGAUUUUGACCCUGUGUUCUUCAAUGCAGGCAUCAGUUUGCCUUUUCACAAGUGUUUUUUUUCAGUGCUUUGAACUAUAGCUAUUUUUCUGUACAAAGAACACUGCUAGUUCAGCAGGUCAGUCAAAUACCUAUGUUUCUCUCUCACAACUUAGAUUAAGUAAAGUACAGAAAUGUGAAUGCUAGCGAUCCGAAUGCGUGCACAAACAAAAAUUGCCAGAGAAACUUAACAGGUCUGGCAAUAUCUGUGGAGAUAAGUUAAUAUUUCAAGUACAGUGACCCAGCAGAGAUUCUGCUGAAUUUCUUCAUCAAUUUCUGUUUUGUAUGUGUUUGAGAUUUAAAUCCUUCACAUCGGAAUUUCAGUCAUUUAUUUAAUAAUCUCAUUUCCACAAGUGGUUCCUUUUCACUCUGCAUGACUUCAAAGGCAACAGAAAUUAGAGAAAGGACAACAUGACAGAUUUGAGAUUUUCCACUGAAGUCACAGCUAUCUUACAAGAUCAGUUUGAUUAAUGAAGUGCCUUGGAAUGUUGUACCAAACUGAAUGGUAUUGCUGCUGAUUUUUGAUUGCCCAACUAAAGGAAAAAUUUAAUUGAUAAACUUGCCACGCUGCAUGAUACUAUCGGGCCAUCAUGUUUUGCUGGCUCCUUCAAAGACAUAAUCAAUGAAUCCCACUUCCCACUUAUUUUCCCAUACGCCCUGCAACUGUUCCCUUUUCAAGUUUAAUGCCCUUGGAACUCUUCCCAACACCCAUUCAGACAGUGCAUUCCAGAUUAUUGGUGGCAGUGAAACUACUAUACACAUGGCCUAACCCAACUUAAUGGUAAGGUUCUGGGGAGUGUUGCUGAGCAAAGAGACAUUGGAGUCCAUGUUCAUAGUCCCCUGAAAGUGGAGUUGCAGAUAUAGGGUAGUGAACGCAGCAUUUGAUACACUUGCCUUUAUUGGUCGGUGCAUUGAGUGUAGGGGUUGGGAGGUCAUGUUGAGGCUGUAUAGCACAUUGGCUAGGCCAUUUUUUUUGGAAUAUUGCAUCCAGUUCUUGCCUUCCUGAUAAAGGAAAGAUUAUGACUUUGCCAGAAAAGCUCAGUAGGUCUGGCUACAUCUGUGGAAAGAAAUCAAAGUUAACUUUUGGAUCAAGUGACCCUUCCUCAGUAGUUAACCCUGAUUUGUCUCCAUAGAUGUUACCAGACUGAUUGAGCUUUUCCAGCAAUUGCUACUCUUGCCUGAUUUACAGCAUCCACAGUCCUUUGUGUUUUUUUAAUAUAUAGGGAAAAUGUUAAACUUGAAAGGGCUUGUAAAAGAUUUACAAGGACAUUGCCAGGAUUGGAGGGUAUGAGCUGUAGGGAGAGGCUGCGUAGGCUGGGGUCAUUUUUCUUGGAGCAUCAAAGCCUUUUGUGGUGACUUUAUAGAGUUUCAUAAAAAUCAUUAAGGGCAUGGAAAAGGUUAAUAGGCAACGUCUUUUCCCCACAGUAGAGAAGACCAAAACUAGAGGGCAUAGGUUUAAGAGGAGAGGGGAAAGACUUAAGGGACCUAAGGGGCAACCUUUUUCACAGAGGGUGGUGCGAGUAUGGAACUAACUGCCAGAGGACAUGGUGGAGGUUGGUACAAUUACCCAUCCAGCUGCCUCUUUAAAUGAUGUAUGUGAAUAGGAAGGAUUUCACAGGAUAUGGGCAAUUGCUGGCACUGGGAUAAGAUUUAAUUUAGGAUACCUGGUAAGCAUGGAUGAGUUGACCCAAAAGGUCUGUUUCCGAGCUGUACAUCCCUAUGACUCUAAGUGUUCAGUGAUUCAUCACAGUGUUCUGUCAGUCACAUUGUAAUUUGCAUUUGGCAUCGUAGAACACAAUGGGCAUGUUUAAAUCCAUUCAGUAGUCAGACUGCCUUUGCCUUGUAGAUUUGCAGUUACCUCUAACUCAUUGCUAUUCCAUACGAGCAUACUCAUUGUGAUUUCUCCUUGUCCUGGACAUUUAGGAAUUACUUUGAAAUGUAACAAAUGUGUAGGAUAGUUAAUAAAAAUUGGUUUGGAGACUUUGAUGCAAAUUGCUUGAGCAUAAAUUUUGGUUGUACUCUCCUUUGUCUUUUUUUGUGUAUA